AUGUGGCCUCGCAGCAAACCCAGUCAGGAAGAUGACAAGAAGAACGAUAGUGGCUCAGAAAACGUCGACGAUGUCAAGAUCGAUAUGGAAAGUGCUCAUAUUGAGCAGAUUGACGCUAGCGUGGACAAUAUCGCGACUAGCAUCGACAGCUUACCAGUCAGUUGGUUCGUGUGGCUUGCAGCCCUAACCGCCUCCAUGGCUGGUCUCCUCUUUGGAUAUGAUACUGGUAUCAUUUCUGGUGUGCUGGUAUACUUGGGCGACUCUCUCAACAAUAGGCCGGUGACGAGUAACGAGAAGGAGAUGAUUACUGCUCUUUGCUCCGGAGGAGCGUUUGUCGGUGCUAUAUUUGCUGGAAAUACCGCAGACAAGUUCGGCCGCAAAAUGGCAAUCUACCUCGGCUGCGUCCUUUUCAUCGCCGGUGCCGUCAUCCAAGGUGCAGCCUACACAGUCGCUCAAAUGGCCGUCGGCCGCUUGGUCGUCGGGUUUGGCGUCGGCUGUGGUGCAAUGGUGCUACCCCUAUACGUCGCCGAAAUCGCACCCGCCAAAGCCCGUGGCAAACUCAUCGGUCUGAACAACAUGUCCAUCACCGGCGGCCAGGUCAUUUCGUACGCAAUCGGUGCUGCCUUUGCAAGUGUUCCCAACGGAUGGCGAUACAUGGUCGGACUAGGCGCUGUGCCUGCCAUUGUCCUCGGUGUUCUGAUGCCCUUCUGUCCCGAGUCGCCCCGUCACUUAGCAUACAAUGGUCGCAACGCCGAAGCCAGACUUGUUCUUCGGAAGAUUUACAGCAAGGCCACUGAGGAUCAGAUUGAUGCAGUACUUCUCUCUAUCUGUUCGGCCUGUGACCAGGCCCGCGAAAUCAACGAGAGUGGCUCAAGGUUCUCCAAGAUUAAACAGCUCCACACUGUCCCGAGUAACCUGCGCGCUUUGAUUAGUGCGUGUGGGUUGAUGGUUAUCUCUCAGCUUUCUGGAUUCAAUGCCCUUAUGUACUAUUCUUCCACCCUCUUUGCCCUGGUCGGAUUCGACAACCCUACUGCUGUUGGUCUCGUUGUUGCUGGCACCAACUUCAUCAUGACUUUCGUCAAUAUGAUGAUGGUCGAUGGCAUGGGUCGUAGGAAGUUGCUCCUUUCUACUGUGUGGGGAAUGUCUGUCGGCAUGAUUGCCGUCGCUGUCGCUUUCUUAUGGAUUCCCGUCGACCUAGAUACGAUGGAGGUUACCGGCGAGGGAGUUUCCAGCGCUGCCAUUGUCGUUCUUGUGUUUAUCAUCUGGUUCGUUGUCUUCUACGGUGUGUCCGUCGGAAAUACGGCGUGGAUGAGCACCGACUUCUUCCCACUUGAAGUCCGCGCUAUCGGAACUAUGUGGUUGACUUGCUCGAACUGGGGAUCCAAUGUCAUCAUCUCCAGUACGUUCCUGUCUAUGAUGAAGGCGUGGACGCCGUCUGGGGCAUUUGGAUUCUUUGCUGCUAUUUGUGGCGUUGGCUAUAUCUGGCUUUACUUCUUCUAUCCUGAGGUUUCGGGUCUUGUUUUGGAAGAAGUUAAAGAAGUCUUUGAGCAUGGAUUUGGUGUGAAGUAUGCUCGCGAAUUGAGAAAGGAGAGGAAGGAGAUUAUUGAGGAGAGGAUGAAGACUAUGGAGAAGCCUGUUGCUGCUGGACACUAA